CGUUCCGAACAUCCUUCGACGAGGGAUGACGCUCUAAAGCAAAAGCGUCCAUGACGAAGAGCUCAAAGUCAAUGGAGACCAUUGAUGAAUUGUUACUUUUCCUAGCCAACCCCCAUGCGCUGUAGGUGUAAGGCCGAACCUCUGUUGUCUCUAGUCUUUGCUUCGUAUCUUCAGCAGACAACAUGGCUGAUAGCGGCAUUACCGUCUCUAAAGACAAGGCAAUGCAAAAGCUCGCUGAAGAUACUGUUGAUGCCAUACGAUCCACGUUCGACGUGCCACUCAACUACAGACCAGUCCACGCAAAGGGCCAGCUCGUCAAGGGUACCUUCACACCAAGCAAAGAUGCCUCGAAGAUAUCGAAAGCGCCCAUUUUCAGCAAUCCUUCUACGCCCCUCGUGAUGCGGUAUAGUACCGACACCGGGUUCAAGGACCUGCCAGACAAUGGGGAGAACGGCUCGCGUGGGUUUGCAAUCCGCUUUAUGCUGUCGAAGAACGAGAGCGGCCAUCCGAACUUCGACAUCGUAACCAACAACGCCUACGGUUUCAUCGUCAGUACUGGUGAAGAGUUCCUUGAGCAAUUCAAGGCAAUGAAAGCUGGCAAAAUGGACGAGUUCCUCGAGAAUAGGCCCCACGCCAAAUACUUCCAAGCGAACCAAGCACCCGCGCACUCGUACUCAUUCGCAACCGAGCAGUGGCACGGCAUCCAUGCUUUCAAAUUCAUCAAUGGCGAAGGCAAGGAACGCUUCUUUCGCUGGCGCAUAGUUCCCUGGCAAGGCGUCAUGAAGCACAGCAAAGAAGAUGCGCAGAAGCAGAGCAAGAACUACCAGUUCGACGAUCUCGAAUGGCGUCUGACGCACAACAAACCGAUCAAGUAUCGUCUUUUGGCGCAGCUUGCGGAGGAAGACGACCCAACGACUGACUCGACAAAAGUAUGGCCGGAGACGAACGAAUUUGCGGACAUGGGCGAGAUUGUCAUUGACAAGCUGUGGAGUUUCGACGAGGGCACUCCGCCGGGUGAGGAGCUGAAGAAGAUCUUCUAUAAUCCGUAUCCGCACGACAUCGAGGGUAUUGAUGCCAGCGACGACCCCUUGAUUGCCGUGCGGGACGUUGUCUAUCAAUUGAGCGGAGGCGUUCGGCGGGGGCAUAACGAUCUGCCGGCUCAGCAAGCUGUAAGGUAGACGGCCUCACAGCAUGCCUAUUUUCAUGGUGAAAGGGCUUGAUCGUAAUAU